AUGCUGUCCACUAGUGACUUCUGGAAGGAAACGGAGCCGUCUGCUGCUAUCCGAGGCACCUGGUUUCAGGGAGUCAGAGCGCCUGGAUUGGAGCCCUUUGAGCCGGUGCGAAAAGCGGCGGAUGUGGAGAUCCUCAGCAGCGAGGGUGCAGAAGAGGUCCAGCUCUGCACUGUCUCAUUCGACGGCGAGGAAACGCCCGAGAUGAUCAGGCUUCUUGUGGGAGACUACAACGAAAGUGGAGCACACCAUGGAUGCAAAACAUACCAGCGUUUGCUCGGGGCGUCCGGCUCCAUGUCCAUCUAUUACUUCGACGAUUCCCUGGGAGAAGAGAACCAAGGUUGGUACAUUGGCCCCGAGGUCGCCGGAGAUGAGGUCUAUGCCUGGUCGCCAGAGACGACCAAUGAACCGCCUACCUCUUCUUGGCACAUUCCCCUCGGCGCGGAGGAGGCCUUCCAAGGCUUUAAGGUCCUGCUGAGAGGGUCCGUGGAGCAGGGGCUCCGGGAGCCGGAGGAGGAGGCAAAGCUUGAAGCCGAGUGGAAAGAGAAGGCCGAAGAGUGGGAACCACCACCCUGGGAGUGGGAGGCCUCCAGAAAGGAGGAUCGGUUUGCCAAAGCGGAUCCGUGGGCGAAGGAGGACCCGCUUGCCAAAGCAGACCCCUGGGCCGCCAAGGCCUCUCGAAAUCAGGAUCCGCUUGCCAAAGCAGAUCCUUGGGCGAAGGCCUCGGGAAAUGAGGACCCGCUUGCCAAAGCAGACCCCUGGGCCGCCAAGGCCUCCAGAAAUGAGGAUCCGCUUGCCAAAGCGGAUCCCUGGGCGAAGGCCUGGGGAAAUGAAGACCCGCUUGCCAAAGCAGAUCCCUGGGCCACCAAGGCUUCUAGGAAUGAGGAUCCGCUUGCCAAAGCAGAUCCCUGGGCGAAG